GUUUUACUUAAAAAAGAAGACAAGGUUUCACAUAUCGCCAACAGGGGUAUGUUUGAAUAUUAUGAUCCACCAAAAAGAACUGAGCUUUUUUUUGAUGUUUCAACAGAAAGAUGGGUUAUAGCCUCUCUAACAAGGAAAUUUUUUUUAUACAGGACAAAAUACAAAGAUUUUGCUUUACGUCCUGAAUUUAUCACAUCAAGCUGGAAUGUAUUAUUUCCUACAUUCUUCUGUGUUUCACAAAUAACCAAAUGUUCACGUUGCAAACAUGGUGAGUGCCAAAGAGUUAGUAUAGAAUAUAAAUCGAAAUUCAAAAUGAAGCAUCAUGCAUAUUAUACAUGUUCCUGUUACUUUGGUUAUAAAGGAAAAUAUUGUGAUGAAAAAUCUCCUAGUUGUGCAAUUCCAGAGGGACACGAAAGUCUGAUUGUAAAUUCGGAUCGGUAUAGUGUGGCAUCAUACUUCUGUGGCAAUCUUAAUGAAGACACCGAACCAAUUGUUUUUCCCAAUGAUUUGUGAUGCAAAUUCCCAAUGGAAAAUCAAUGGAACUUGUAAAUAUUUGUUUUCAAAAAGAAAAGCGUUUUAUGUUAUUGUGUCAAUUGGAUCAAUUUUACUGUUAGUGCUUUGUCUUCUUGGCCUGGGUUUGUAUUUAAAUGUAUCAAGAAUUGACAGUAAAUGGAUUCUCGUGUAUUCUACAACUUGGAGUUUAUAUGGCUUCACAUGGGUAUGUAUGAAGCUAUGGACACAUACAUCCUCUUUUGAACACACACGUGCUGUGGUGCUGGACUGGGUUAUUUCAUCAUCUUCCUGUCUGUGUUUAUAAAUACACGUAUUUGCGAGUAUCCGAGAAGUCUUGUGAAGCCGAUGCUACUAGGAGGACUUGGAAUAGUAGGGGCGAUGGUAUUACAUCGAGUCUAUUUAGCCAGUAACAACGGAAAUAUUUCAACACUACUGUUUCUCGUUAUACUUUACUGUAUACUGUUAAUAGAUCAGUACAUCAACAUAAGAAAGACGCGAAAAUACUUGGAUACACUUUCUGAAGGUGUUGUCAGAUUUUGUGUAGAUAUGGCGAGAGUCAAGCCACAGCUGAAAAUAAAAAUAUCUGCUUCUCAUGAACCAAAUAAUGAGGAAGGUUUGCACGAAACAUUCUCUGAGGUAAUAGACGUUCCGAUUGCAUCGUGGAAACAUAAAGAUAAAGUGUAUGAUUUUCAAGAGCCUGCUGUCUGGAAGGUGAGCGAGAAUAUUGUUUGGAGUGAAAACGAUAGCGAAGAACGAUUUCAUGAAUAUUUAUUCCACUUGGAGAGUAUUUAUCAUCGUCAUGAAGAACAAUCUACAUGCAAGUUCGAACUAUAUACACCUGGUUUCAAGGAUUGCACUUUUUACUGUGGAUACAAAUCAGUUUUGUCCUUAUCUUAUUGGAGUUUUAGUAUUUGUCCUGAUCUCCUUUUUACACUGGCCGUUGCGAUAUAAAUACAUAAUUUGUGGACUGCGAGAAAAGAAGUUUGUUAUAGAAAAAGAGAUUUCGUAUAGAUCAAUCAGUACUGCUAUUGGCAGCCCACCACCUAACUAUGAAGAAGCUGUCCACACAUCUAUCACUCCUCCACCAUGUUAUGAAGACGCCACUGAUUCUGAUCGUUUAUUGGAAGGUGGUUUCCGCCCUUCUUAUGAAGAAAUUAUGUUGCAAACACGAAGCUAAUUAAACAAAAAGAAUUUUUGUAAAUAUGAUUAUCUAUUCUCUUCGCAUACUUUCUUCGAAAUUUAUUUUUUUAACAUGUAUAACAUUUAGUCAGUUUUUUAAAAUAUCAUUAGGAAUAUUUGUAGAUUUUUUUAGUACCAUUUUGUCA